AUGCUCGAGAUGCUCGAGCCGAUCAGUCUGUACCAUUCGCCUUCUCCUAGGCUCGUCAGCACUUCGAACGCCUCUCCCAAAUCUUCCACUCCUUCGGUCGUUCCUGAAACUCAGAGCGCUGCAGAUCCCCUUCCAGACCCUCUGAGUGAAACACGACCAUCCUCGACUUCCUCGGGUGGUUCCGAGAAUCCGACUCCCAGCCCCAAGCACAAGGUGUGUACAUGGAAUGAGCACAAGGCUCGUAUGGCUCGUCAAGCAUCUGCAUCGCCACGAACGACGAAAACGCGCAAGACUUCGUUCCGCCGCUCAAAGUCGGCGCCAUCGGUCCAGCCGACUUCCUAUCCGCAGCAUGUCCUGCCGCCGUCAGCGUCGCCCCCAAUUUCGUCGACAAACGACGAGGAAUCGGCACCAGCAACUCCAGCCGAUGAUUACAAUUCCCAUCCGUGCAGCACAAAGAAGGUUGCUGAGGUAGUAACGCUGGGCGAGAUGCCUAGCUGUAACGCGCAAGAAUCACUCCGACAGCACACUGCUCAAGCCCAAGCGCUACCAGAAUGGUACGUCGACACAUUGGCGGUGGCAAACAAACAUAAUCUCCUCUUUUUCCCCAUGUGCCUCGAUUCUUGGGAAGAACGUCAUCUGCGAAAUGGUCCAGUGCCCAACGUCGGUCUUCGAUGCGUUGUUCCCAGCUACAUCGAUCCACCACCAACCACGAACGAGGCGAUGGACAUGCUCGACUUGCUGCUUCUUGAGAUGCGUACUUUUCCAGCUGCGAGUAGCGAUAUGCUCAACCCAGGUCUAAUCACCGUCGUCGAGCCAGCGUCGUCUCAGGAGAAGCUGAUCGAGACACCCGUGUCGUCGGAUGAAGAACCGCAUCCACGUGUCGAUUCGGACGAUUCUGCCUCGGAACAAUCUGCAAGCGGUCCGAUCGGGUCUUCGCCGUCACCCCUUCCUCCAUCGACCGAAGACGAUCUCAACAACCUCGUCGCUGCUGACGAUGACGACGACGCCUCGAUGUCAGAGCCAGAACCCGAGUUUUCGUACGACACCUCCACCGACUCUUCCUCGCGCGACACCAUGCUGCCGCAACGCUUGAAAUCCGAGCCGGCAGGUUUCGACCCCUUUCUCUAUUCGCCUUGCAACUGCUUGACCGGACCUGCACAAGGGAUCGGCACCUCACCAACCUCCAUGGACACAGACGAGUCAACGAACGGUGGCGCACGAAAAUUCGCGCAAGCACUCUGGGACGAGGGAAUGCCAGACGUGCUGACAAACGCUUCGAACGAGGCCGCGCUCGAUCAGUGUCUGCGCAUCGGAGAGACGCUGUCGCUCAACUGA